AAUGAUGACGUAGCACGUAGCGGCAGACGCACCGACUGGAUUGGGUGAAACGGGUGGUUAGCUGGCUAAACUGGACCAUUCUCAUGGGCGAUCUGUCUGAUUAAUGUACCCAUACGGAGAAGUAUAUACAGCGGAUUGAUUCAUAUGAAGUCUGUUUUCAUUAGUGGUAAGUAGGCAGCUGACGUACUAGUGGUUCUUUUAGCCCGUGAAGACUCCAGGUCGCUAGCGAGCCACACCGCUAGCUUGACGUAGUAAAAACGCUUUUCGGUCUGUAUCGUUAGCCACCCAGCUUCCCCUGCUUUUCUGGCAGAGCUGAAAGUCGUGGAUCAAACUGUCAUCAUGACAUAGAAGGACCAGAGAUUGAGGUCGGUGCCGUACUCACCUGAGCUCGCCUGUGUGUGGCCCCUCCCUCCUGGCGUGGGCGGGGCAGGGGGCGGGGCCAUGCUGGGCUCCUCCCUCCUGCGCAGGAACAUGUCUCAGAAGCUGAGCGCGCUGCUGCUGCUCUCGGGGCUGAUCUGGGGGCUGCUGCUCCUGCGCUACACCUUCCAGCAGCCGGGCCGGCAGAGCAGCGCCCAGCUGCGGCAGCAGAUCCUGGAGCUGAGCCACCGCUACGUCCGCGUGCUGAGCGAGGAGAGCCGGCAGGCCGCCGGGCCCCAGGGCCCCUCCAUGGCGGGGCAAGCGGACCUGAAGAGGACGAUUGCCAUACUGCUGGACGACAUCUUGCAGCGGCUGGUCAAGCUGGAGGGCAAAAUGGACACCGCAGUGAACGGCUCGCUGCCCAAUGGCACGCAUGCGGCGGGCGCCGUCCCCGCCCCUGGCCCCGCCCCCCUGGCCCUCGCCCGGCACCGUGGCCAGGACACGCCCCCCCGCCGCCUGCAGACCCGCCGGCCGGCCACGCCCGCCCCGCCCCCCCGGCGCACGGAGACGGCGCUCCGCCGGCGGCGAACGGCGGGAAGCAGAUAGCGAGCGGGCGCUUAAGCCCCGCCCCCCCAGUGAAGUUCCGCACCACGGGCACAUCGGAGACAUGCUUCUGACAUUUCGUUUCACAUCUGCUGUUUUAUGUGUGUUUGGGGUUUUUCGGGGGUUUUUUUGGGGGGGGGGGGGUGGGCGUUCCUUUUUUCUGUUAUUCCAUUAUGAGUCACUUUCGUUUCCACCUGGAACUGAGGAAAUGAGCGUGACAAGCGGUCAAAUAAGGGGAACUUCCUGUUUGGACGUGACAUGCGGUCGAAUAAGGGGAACUUCCUGUUUGGACGUGACAUGCGGUCGAAUAAGGGGAACUUCCUGUUUGGACGUGACAAGCGGUCGAAUAAGGGGAACUUCCUGUUUGGACGUGACAUGCGGUCGAAUAAGGGGAACUUCCUGUUUGGACGUGACAUGCGGUCGAAUAAGGGGAACUUCCUGUUUGGACGUGACAAGCGGUCGAAUAAGGGGAACUUCCUGUUUGGACGUGACGCUGCAGUGUGGCGCCGCGCUUGCGUACGAGCGCCCGUGUCCCAGAGCAAUGCCCCAUGGAGAGCCGAGCCGAGGGGGAACAGACACUCUCAUUUGGGGGGGGGGGGGGGGGGUUCCCUAAUCAGCACCCGGAACUCAGCGUAGCAGUACAGUAAAUUACAAAACAAAAUCCAAAGAACCUAAUCUGCACUGUGUGCUUAGACUGACUAAAUGUAUUUUUCUUAACCAGCAUUGAAAAUGGUUUGAGUAGAAUGUAUAUUUACGGGGAGGGGCAGUAGUCUGAGCAGGCUUUUAUGUUGGGGGGGUGACCACCUGUUGUGGUGGUCUAUGAACGCUGACACACUUGGGCAUAAUCAAUGCUGUUCCAGUUUGUGUGCGAAAUUAGAAGCUAUAAUGUAAACCAGUUAACAGCAAAGCCUUACAGUCGCUUUUAAAAGAUGGUUCCUACUCUUAGGCUUCAUUAGGAGUCUGUAAGUGAACUAUUUUCAGUAACCAAUGGCAACGCUUUCCACGUCAGCUUGAGCUGAAGCACACGCACACGCACACGUACACACAUAUCUUAUGCAAGCACGUUGUCCUGCUGUGUUUUGCUGAGAGGCUGUCCCAGCAGCAGACAGCUGUUUGAUCUUUACCCGCGCGAACCGGGCCGAAGUCCGGCCGCAGAGCUGGCUGUGUGCUUGGGGGUCCAGUUAAGCACUUUCACAGAGUUCCAGUCGGGAGGAGACGUUGAGUAACUGCAGUGAUGUGUUGACGAGCAGAACCUGAAGCCGUUUCACAUCAUGUUAAAUGUAAAUGUCCACUUCCCCUUUGCCACAUGUGGAGAUGCCACAUUCUGCUCUCUCGCAGUUUUUUUCCAAACUUUGUUUUCCUUCUACGUAGUGGAGGUCAGUCAAAAAUAACCUAUAGGCACCAGAUGUCCGUCUCUAGCUUUCCAUCCAUAUUCUUUUUCCUUUCCGUUUUGGUCCGUAGCGGGAGUUUCUGGUGCAGCGUUAGUUUAUGAAUACAGUAUGCGCCCAAUGACUGAACCUCCAGCACAACCACGCCCCCCUUAAUUAAUAUUCAUGACUUCUGUCAAGUUGGAAUGUUCUGGCUCCAGCCGAAUGGAGGCCACUUUCAGCGCUAGAAACGCAGAGCUGAACAUUCGGUUGGGUGUACAGAAUCCAUGGUGUGGUUCAGUCCCAGCUCUCAGUGCUGUUCUGUGCUGAAUAUUAGUCCUCCUGGCCUAUAGGAGGCUCGAUUACGCUGGAAUAUGAGCUUCACACCCCUUCCAAACGGCUGUUUAUCUGAGACUGAUCACCAACAAUCAUAUGUGAUGUCAUAUCCUGUUAGGAAAAGUACCAAUAUGAGGUUCUCAUAAAGCAAAGUAAGAAGAGGAUAGAAACCAUCUAAGAAGGGAGAUGAUGUCAGAGCCGGACGUUUACCUGCAGGUUUGCUGUGUGGCAGGGCUCAGGUGCGGGUGAUUGAGAGGGAAGGUGUCAGCGCUGGUCUUCAUAUGCUCACGAACCUGUAAAUAACACGAUCUCUGUCCCAGCCAUAUAGGACCAGGAGGGGCCUGCCCUAAAGCCUGGCUGACUGACCCCUCUAAAACCGUCUCCUCUUUGUUAAGUUUGAUUAAAGUGUCUGAAAUUACAGUUGAUAACUCUGAUUAAAAGCUGUGCUUGGCAGAGCUAUCAGGGUCAGCCCUUGUAAGAGUAAGACAAUUUGUAAGCUUCACCAAACAUUUCAAGAUUUCCUGUUAGCAGAAAAUCGACCGGACAUUCAUUUUGGAAGGAUAUUUGUUUGUUCCGCACGUUUGUGCACACUUUAAAUGAUCGCUUAGCAACAUGCGGGCGGGUCAGGCUCCACCGUCGGUUACCGGGCCGGACGGUGUCAGAAGAGAACUGGUGAUGUCAGUCAAUGCGUCCGACACACAUUUCGGUUUUCAGACAUUUCAGUAUUCCACGGUUGAGUCUGUGUGAGUGUGCGCCGUCCAGGUUCCCAGGGACGAGCGGUGUCCGGGUUCGCCGGGCGCUCUGGGUGAUUCUGCUUAAUUUUGUUCUCUGUUUUUCUCCCCGUGCGGUAUGAGGGGUGAACACCUCUCGCCAAAGACCGAGAGGGUCCCAGUCACCCCCUGGGUGCCCCGGGACAGGUCUGGGACCGGCUGUCCCGUCUUGCACCCCAAAAGUCCAGACAUUUCUGUUCCAGGGUCAGCUGAAAAAGGCAUGUGUCAUUCCAUACACCGUCACAAUCUCUGGAGUCCUCCCAGGACAGCGGGAGUGUUAUUAACGCCUGAUACUAAAGGACACGGAUGCAUACACUCCGACAUUGGGUGGGGUUUUAGGGCGUUUUUAGCUGAGAUGGCCCGUGAAUAUUGUGCACAUUUCCUCUGCAGUAGAAUCAUCCGCAGUUCAUCCGAAGUCCACGGCUUGUUGCACAGGGGUUCCUGAUCUUAAACAGGAUCUUCCCCCCAUGGGUGAAGUGUAUUCAUUCUCUGAAGUAAUUUAGCUGAAAUUGUGUGUUUUUCCUUUUAAUGGUUUUAUGGUUCUGAAUGUAGAAAACUAUGCUUUGUACUCUUUUAUAUUGAGAACACAAGUGCACAAAAUGUAUUAGCGGACAUGCUGGUCCUGUUUCCAAAUGUAAGGCAGGUUUUGUUUUUAAUUUAAGAAGAAAGGUUUUCCUUCAUAUUUGGUAGAAACAGGCCUCUGUGUAUCGAUUAAUUGUCAUUAAACAUGGAGCUCAUGUUUGACGAAUAAAGCAAUUUUGAAGAUCCCAA